GCAGCCUCUGGUGACACUCAAAUCGUGAGGAAUACGCAGGUUCAGACAGCAGCCUCUGGUGACACUCAAAUCGUGAGGAAUACGCAGGUUCAGACAGCAACCUCUGGUGACACUCAAUUGUGAGGAAUACGCAGGUUCCUGUGUCUGAUGUAUUUGUCUCUCAUGUAAACCAUGUCGUCAAAUUUACUUUGCAUUAAGCUGUGUCACAUCUCUGCCCAAAGCGUUCAUAUGACGCACCUGUGAUGCAUUAUGCAUCCUGCACAAAUAGAGCCCCAUGUCACGACAUCGACCCUCAGUCUCUGCAUCCAAGCAUCACAGAUCGAUAUCAUGACCAGAACACUGAUAUGCAUAUAGUCAUUCCGGGAAGAAAUCUCGUGGUGUUCUGUUUCCUAGAACCGCCCAGUGUCAGUUUGGUUGAACUUACUGCGCUUUCAUACUUAUGACGUGUUAUUAGCUUCCAAUCUUUUUAAUAUGUGAAAACCAUUGCUUCAAAUGUGACUGAACUGGUUUAUGAAUAAUUAUUGUCUUUAUAUCGAAAAAACAGGACAAGCAUGAGUCCAGAAAGCAAGUGCGGAUCCAGCAUUGUUAAAUAGGAUGGGUCCAAUAAGAAAAUCCUCAAUCGGUGUGUGUGUUUCAUCAAAUAAGAUCCGGAGAUCAAUAUGAAAUCAAUUAACUAUCUAUACAUUGAUGGGUGUGUUAGGCGCUCGGGUCAUUAUCCAGAUGUACUGUGCAAUUACAUAUGAGAAUGAUUGAUACAGAAACAUUGUAACGACUUGUAAUCCAACCAACAGUCACCUCACAUCAGCUCCGUGUUGACGAGCGACACGCACGUGGCAUGGAGUGUGGCAGUUUGUUAGCACCGCCGCUGACUUAAGUUUCACCAGCCCGGCGAGGCGGAUAGGUGUCUCGUGUACGAUCUGACCCACACCUACUACUGCUACUCGAUUCCUGAUAGGCUUACUCCUCCGUCAACAUGACGCCAACAGAUCCUUACGUCGGAUUCGAAAUUAGUCAAGAAGCUAGGAUCAUUUUUAUCAUUAUCGGUAUCUUCUACGUCGUCAUGGGUACGUUUGGCAAUCUCCUCAUCAUUGUCACUGUGGCAAGCCAUCGCGUGCUCCGAACCCUUCACGGCAUCUACAUCGUCAAUCUUGCCGUGGCCGACUUGAUCAUUCUAGGAUACGUUGUGUCUUAUCUCCUGGUGGAUCUUAUGACAGGAAGAUACUCCGUUGCUGGACCAGGGCACUGUGUCUUUAACGGGUUCCUUAUUGUGUGCGCCUACGUUGCAUCUCUCCUCACCCUCACCGUUAUCUCCAUAAACCGCUACCUCAACAUUUGCCACAGCGAUACAUACCGCCGUGUCUUCACGAAACACACAACCAUUACAAUCUGUGUUUGUAUCUGGGUGGUUGCAGCACUCAUGACGCUACCACCUCUCGUUGGCUGGGGCCGCUUCCGGUAUGACCGGAAGUUGCACUACUGCGGAUAUGACCGAACAGCUAACUUCGGCUACACUCUUUUUCUCCUCCUCGGCAGCAUCGCCGCUCCAGCCAUCAUCAUCUUCAUCUGUAACUUCUACAUCUACCGCUACGUCAGGAACGCCAAAAAUAGGAUCAGACAGACAGGGUUGCCGUCUAACAGAACCCCCAAGCCUGCUGAGAUAUCUCUCAUCAAGACACUGUUUGCCGUGUUCCUCUGUUUCGCGGCACUCAUGAGCCCCUACAUGAUCACUACCAUUGCUGACAGAGACGACACAUGGCCCGCUACCGUCCACAUCGCCUGUUCAUACACCUCCUUUACCAACUCCUGUGUUAACUGGUUCCUCUACGGUCUCAUGAACCGCAGCUUUAGGGAAGGGUACAAGAAAACCCUCUGCUUCUGGCGUCAACCAACGCAACUGUCUCCAGACAAUAUGCACGUGGACAAUGUGCUUCCCGGAGCGUCCAAAAUCAGUGACCGAACAAGAUCGACAGAAGAGGGGAACGGCGUGAACCAUAUUGAACGUUCGUGUAACAAUUUGCUCACUGUCAAGCCAUACACACACUAUCCGAAGUACGAAAGCACAUGUAUGUGAAUCUUCGAAGGUGCUUCACAAGGGUGUCUAAUCAUCAUAUCAGUCAGUUCAAUACAACCUUGAAGAUCCGUGGUAGAAUGAGUCUUCAGCAACCCAUACUUGCCGUAAAAAGCGAUUAUGCUUGUCGUAAGAGGCGACUAACGGCAUCAGAUGGUCAGACUCGCUGACUUGGUUGA